AUGUAUCUGUACAUGGUUUCGAUGUUCGUUCUGAUCACUUCAUCGAUCUCAUUUAAGAUAGAAGAACUGAAAACAUACUCAGCCCGAUCAACCAUCGAAAGAUUGUUCCAAUACACAAACUCUUCUCGCGGUUUAAUACUAGAGUUUCCAUCGGAUAACAAAAGUUUGGAAUCUCUUUCAUCCUACUUAUACUCAACUGAUCAUGAUGUUUUCAUAAAUCUUCUACAAAGAGUUUCUCAUAGCUGUGAUUCGGAAGAUGUUGGCAGUUGUCCUGAGAAAGAUAAACUUAUAUCUUCUUACAUCAAAUACGAAUUAAGGCAACUGAAGCAGCUUGAUUCAUUCUUAGAAUCAGCCAAAUUCGUGAAAUGCUUCACAACUUCGGAUAAAACUGAAAACAACCUGGAGAUUAGCAUUCUCAUCAACAUCUUGCUUUCAGGUCUUUCUCUUGCCCUCAUUUCGAAAGUCUAUUUCAGAAUCAAACUCCGAAUAACAUUACUGGUUAUCAUUUCUGCGGCCAAUUUUGUCAUAACCUAUGGUCGUAUGUACCAGGAGCAAUUAGCGAAACGGGUGUCUUCUGUUAAUUUGUCAGAUGCAUGUCUUUCAAAUAGCGCAAUCAGUUAUUUGGUAGACCUCGUACGAUCUCUGUUCUACCUAGAAAACAAGACCACAUGCCAAAAAUUCAUAGAAGUUCAUUCUCUCCCUGUUUGGUUGGAUAUCUCUCCAAGCCUCGUACUGAUGGAAGUACUUUCAAAUUUUGUUUUUGGUUGGCUUGGACCAUUUGGAUACCAUUUGAACUUGUUCUACAAGCGCUGUUUCAGUGGUCUAUCACUGUUUCAUAUAAUACCUAUCUCUCUUUUUCCGACACUUGCUUUUCUGGUUUUGACCUGGUGCGGAAAGAAAAACCAACGAAACAAGGAAGUUACAUUACCGAAAGCAGUAUGCAGAAGAAGUAGCAGAAAACGAUCGUGCUCACGUUUAUCAGUACGAGGUCCUCAAACUUGA